CUUGAACUCACCUUUAGUUUGUUACAUGUAUAACUUUCUCCGACUUUCUAGGACGUGUUUUAUGCCACUUCUUUUUCUGUCUCAUUUUGUCCACCAAACUUUUAACGUUGUGCACAAAGCCCUACGACUACGUGCUGUGUGGCUUGGCAGCGUGAUUUGUAAGACCCUCGGAGAGUGCAGUGGGAUCUGUAAGACCCUCGGAGAGUGCAGGCUGGUGGAAGGAUGGCAAUAUGAUCCAAAAAGCCUGCACUUGCUGACGGGGGGUCGCUCGUUAUUGUGCGGAUCCUUUUCCCAGGAUGCAGACGGAACUCCGGAGGCAAUGUGCAGUGGCUCGCCGCCCAGCCGCUAGGAGGAAGACGGGAUCCCGGCCAGGUCCCCAGCGUGGAAGUGGCUCUUCUCUACUCUCCCGUCCGCACUAAACACAACACUUGGACAGACGGGACGCAGCGAAAGUACGACGUCUUGGCGGAGGUUACAUGGGGGACGCGCCAUGACGUCCACGGCCAGCGAAAGGCGGGCGUUUGCUCACAAAAUCAACCGGACGGUGGCUGCAGAGGUCCGGAAGCAAGUGUCCAGAGAGUAUGGCUCCCCGCUCAUGUCCAAAAAGCGAGGAGCACUGCACCAUCCUUUACCCCUGACUGAGGUCGUGGAGCCAGUGGAUUUUGAGGAAUAUUUGAGCAGUCAUGCUCCCGGGGUGGAGUCAGGCCCUCUCAGGCAGCUGAUGGAGUUUCCCCAGGACGAUUUAGAGCUCCACCACUCAGACAAAGAGUGCACUACGCUGGAGCCGCCGCUGCCUGAGGAAGAAGACGCACUGGAUCCCCGAGUGAGAGACGCCUUGGCAGUCUACACAGAUGACUGGCUCGUCAUUCAAAGAAAAUACCAGCGCUACAGCACCACGCACAGCCCGCAGAGCUCCGAGCGACAGAGGGAGAGGCAGCGAGGCCUGCUCAAACAGACCUUUGAACUGGACCAGGCAGCUGCUGCCGAGCGCCAAGACGAGCAGGAUGACGCAAAGCGGCGGUCGGCCUCUGUUGAUGAGACGCCGCGGGGCAGUUGGGCCUCCAGCAUCUUUGACCUGAAGAACUCCUCCCCAGACGUGCUCUUCCCCACCGUCCUGGAGCGCACGGGGCCGGAGGACAUGGACUGCCGCAACACAGAGGCACGCCUGCAGGGGCGCCACGGUGACCUGCUCGGCCUCUACCCUCCGCCCGAUGAGGACGAGGCCGUGGAGCGAUGCACAGUCCCUGAGGUUCCCAAAGAACACAGUGGCCAGAGAAUCAUGGUCAAGUGCCUUUCUCUCAAGUUUGAGAUAGAAAUCGAACCAAUAUUCGGAUCGCUGGCCCUUUAUGAUGUGAAGGAAAAGAAAAAGAUUUCCGAGAAUUUCUAUUUCGACCUGAACUCUGAUCAGAUGAAAGGCCUCCUUAAGCCACACACGCCUCACGUGGCCAUCUCCACGCUGGCACGCUCGGCCAUUUUCUCUAUCACAUACCCCUCCGCCGACAUCUUCCUGGUCAUUAAGCUGGAGAAGGUUCUUCAGCAAGGAGACAUUGGAGAGUGCUGUGAACCCUACAUGGUCAUGAAGGAAUCAGACUCCUCUAAGCACAAGGAGAAGCUGGAGAAAUUGCGCCUGCAAGCGGAGCAGUCUUGUAGCCGCCUCGGCUGUUUCCGCAUGCCCUUCGCCUGGACCGCCAUUCACCUGCUCAACAUUGUCAGCAGCGUAGGGGGUCUGGACCGCUUGGACCCUGACUCCGACUCUGAGCGCAAAGGCCAUGGAACGUGGAACGAAAAAAAGAAAAAGGGAUUUGAGCGAAUGAGCGUCAGCGAUGAUGUGUGUAACUUUGCCACUUUCCGCCCAGCAACCCUGACCGUCACCAACUUCUUUAAGCAGGAGGGGGACAGGCUGAGCGAUGAAGACCUCUACAAGUUUCUGGCAGACAUGCGCAGACCGUCCUCUGUCCUGCGACGACUGAGGCCCGUCACAGCCCAGUUGAAGAUUGACAUUUCUCCGGCGCCGGACUCGCCUCAUUACUGCCUGUCACCCGAGCUGCUGCACGUCAAGCCCUACCCGGACCUGCGGGUCCGCCCCACCAAAGAGGUGCUGGAAUUCCCCACUCGCUACGUGUACACGCCGCACACUAGCUACAGGAACCUGCUCUACGUUUAUCCUCAAAGCCUGAACUUCAGCAGCCGCCAGGGCUCGGUGAGGAACAUUGCCGUGAAAGUUGAGUUCAUGGCAGGGGAGGACCCCAGCCAAGCUUUGCCGGUCUUCUUUGGGAAGUCCAGUUGUGCCGAGUUCAUGAGAGAGGCGUUCACCCCCAUCGUCUACCACAACAAGUCGCCUGAGUUCUAUGAGGAGAUGAAGCUGAAAAUUCCUGCCAACCUCACAGACAACCACCACCUUCUCUUUACCUUCUACCACAUCAGCUGCCAAACCAAACAGAACACCCCUCUGGAGACCCCCGUGGGCUACACUUGGAUCCCUCUCAUGCAGCAUGGCCGACUGCGCACCGGUGCCUUCAGUUUGCCCGUGUCUGUGGAAAAGCUCCCGCCCAGCUACUCUGUGCUGACCCCCGAUGUCCAGCUCCCGGGCAUGAAGUGGGUGGAUAAUCACAAAGGUGUGUUCAACGUGGAGGUGACGGCGACGUCCUCAGUGCACACACAGGACCCCCACCUGGACAAGUUCUUCACUUUAGUGUACGUGCUAGAGGAGUACUCCUUCCCCUUCCGCCUCAAAGACGUCAUCAUCACCGAGGCCAACAUGGAAGGCGAGCUGAAGGCCAGCAUGGCCACGCUGAGGGGUGCCCUGCUGGACACCUGUGUCAGGUUUCUCCACCAGCUGCUCAACAAACUGAUCCAGCUCAUCGUGUACCCUCCGGUCAUUGCGGGCCAAAUUGUAAACCUUGGCCGGGCUGCCUUUGAAGCCAUGGCUCUGCUGGUCAACCAGAUCCACAAAAAUCUGGAAGGGAACCAGGACCAGCACGGGCGCAACAACCUGCUGGCAUCCUUCAUCCAUUACUGCUUCCGCCUGCCAACUGCUGAGCCAGCCAUGCCGCCGCCAACCGGCGCUCAGUCCUAUGAGAUACCCUUGCAGUACGCCACCUUCUCCAGGGCCACGGGCAGGCCCAGCAGCCUGAACCUGGCUCGGUCUAAGAGUAUCAGCAACUCUGACCCCGACUUGGCCAGCACGCCACUUUCUCCUGACGAAGAAGUGCAGAGGAUCAUAGGCAGCAAGGGCAUUGAUCGCUCCCACUCCUGGGUCAAUUCUGCUUACGCCCCCGGGGGCUCCAGAUCUGUGCUACGUCGGAACCCCAACUCCAGCUGCGAGCUCAAGCAGGCAAUCGACCGCAGCAACAAUCGCAUGUCCGCCUUUCUGGACAGCGUGGCCUCAUUUUCAGUUCCGUCAAGGCAGCUUACCAAGAAGCUGCUCCAUGAAGAGCUAGCUCUGCAGUGGGUUGUCAGCAGCAGCAAUGUGAGGGAAGCAGCGCUGCAGCAGGCCUGGUUCUUCUUCCAGCUCAUGACCAAAAGCAUGGCCCAUCAUUUAUUCCUCACCUCAAAGCUGGACCUUCCACGCCGUCAGCGCUUCCCUGGCCGCUUUGUGGACGACAUCGGCGCUCUGGUUUGUGCCAUCAGUGCAGAUAUUGCCAGCCGGUACCACAAGGAUGUGGAGCUUGUGGAGAGACUAAAUAACAGUCUGGCCUUCUUCCUCAAUGACUUGCUGUCUCUCAUGGACCGAGGCUUUGUGUUCAACCUCAUUCGCUCCUACUACAAACAGAUCAGUAACAAGUUCCACAUGACGCCGAACCCCACCUCUCUGAAUGCUCUGCGGAUGGACUUUAUGCGGAUCGUCUGCAGCCACGAGCACUACGUUGUCCUCAACCUGCCCUGCUCCACCCUCAGCCCCCCGGCUUCACCUUCCCCUUCCACAUCCUCCACCACCUCACAGAGUUCAGCAUUUUCCAGUAUGGCGCAAGACCAGGGUGUGGCGACCAUGUUUGAGCUCUCCGUUCCCUUCCGGCAGCAGCACUUCCUGUCCGGCGUCCUCCUCAGCGAGCUCGCGCUCAUCCUUGAUCCGGAAGCAGAAGGGGUGUUUUUCCUUCAUAAAAAAGCUAUUAGUGCCGUUCACUCGCUGCUGUGCAGCCAUGAUUGUGAUCCUCGCUACAGCGACCCUCAGGUCAGAGCCCACAUCGCUCAGCUCUACCUGCCUCUCAUCCCCAUUGUCAUGGAAACCCUGCAUCAACUCCAUGACUUUUCAGACUCCACUCUGUCUCGAGUGCGCCACGUCUCAGCCCACGCCGACGAUGCAGACUUAGACGGUAACAACACUAUCAGUCAGUCUGUUGCCAUGGCGAUUGCCGGCUCCCCCAUGCAUCACACCAAGGCCAGCCAGUUUGCACUUCCCACAGUGGCCGGGCGCCAGGGCAGCUGCUUGUCCGCCGAGUGCAGCCGAACUCUGCUGGUGUGUUUUCUGUGGGUGCUGAAGAAUGCCGAGCCCGCUCUCCUGGAGCGCUGGGUGUCCUAUCUGUCGGUGCAGCAAAUCAACCGCCUGCUGGAGCUACUGCAUCUCUGUGUCUCCUGCUUUGAGUACAAGGGGAAGAAGUCUCUGGAGAGGAUCAACAGCUUGACAUUUAAGAAAUCGCAGGACAUGAAAGCGCGUCUGGAGGAGGCCAUCCUCGGUACCAUCGGCGCUCGUCAGGAGAUGGUGCGGCGUUGCCGAGAAAGGAGUCCCUAUGGCAGCCAGGAGAACGUCAGGUGGAGAAAGAAUGUCACUCACUGGAAACAAAACACAGACAGGGUGGACAAGACUAAGGCUGAAGUGGAGCAGGAGACUGUGGUGGAUGGAAACUUGUCUACAGAGGCGUCCCUAGUUGUGUUGGACACACUGGAGAUUAUAGUCAAGACUGUGGUGGCAUCAGAGCUGAAGGAGAGUGUGUUAGGAGGCGUGCUGAGAGUUCUUCUCCACAGCAUGGCAGGCAACCAGAGUGCCCUCUUCCUGCAGCACUGCUUCACUACACAAAGAGCUCUUGUCUUCAAGUUUCCAGAGAUGCUGUUUGAGGAGGACACGGAGCUUUGUGCCGACUUGUGCCUGCGUCUGCUGCGACACUGCAGCAGCAGCAUCGCCUCCGUCAGAAGUCACGCCUCCGCCUCCCUUUACCUGCUCAUGAGGCAAAACUUUGAGAUCGGAAAUAAUUUUGCUCGAGUGAAGAUGCAGGUCACAAUGUCGCUAUCGUCACUGGUGGGAACCUCGCAGAACUUCAAUGAGGAGCAUCUCCGGCGCUCUCUCAAGACCAUCCUGACUUACGCCGAGGAGGACGUGGAGCUCCGUGACACCCCCUUCCCAGAUCAGGUCCAGGAUCUAGUGUUCAACUUGCACAUGAUUCUUACCGACACUGUGAAGAUGAAAGAGCAUCAGCAGGAUCCCGAGAUGCUAAUUGAUCUUAUGUACAGGAUUGCGAAGGGCUACCAGAACUCCCCAGACCUGCGCCUCACGUGGCUCCAGAACAUGGCGGGGAAGCACUCGGAGAGAGGGAACCACGCUGAGGCCGCCCACUGUCUGGUCCACAGCGCCGCCCUGGUGGCGGAGUACCUCAACAUGCUGGAGGAUUGUCGCUACCUGCCAAUUGGUUGUGUCACCUUUCAGAAUAUUUCCUCCAAUGUGCUGGAGGAGUCGGCCGUAUCGGAUGAUGUCCUUUCUCCAGAGGAGGAGGGCAUUUGUGCUGGGAAGUACUUCAGCGAGUCUGGCCUGGUGGGCCUCCUGGAGCAAGCAGCUGCCUCUUUCAACAUGGCUGCCAUGUACGAGGCUAUAAACGAGGUGUACAAGAUUCUUCUCCCCAUUCACGAAGCUAACAGAGACUUCAAAAAGCUGGCAGGUGUCCACGGGAAGCUGCAGGACGCCUUCAACAAAGUCUACAACCAAAGCUCAGGAUGGGAGAGAAUGUUUGGAACUUACUUCCGGGUGGGUUUCUACGGCUCUCACUUUGGAGACCUGGACGAGCAGGAAUUUGUCUACAAGGAGCCGUCAAUCACCAAGUUGGCCGAGAUCUCCCACAGGCUGGAGGAGUUCUACUCAGAGAGGUUCGGUGAUGAGGUGGUGGAAAUAAUCAAGGACUCCAGCCCAGUAGACAAAAGCAAACUGGACGCCAACAAGGCCUACCUCCAGAUCACCUACGUGGAGCCUUUCUUUGACACGUAUGAGUUGAAAGAAAGGAUCACCUACUUUGACAAGAACUACAACCUGCGCACCUUCAUGUACUGCACACCCUUCACGCUGGACGGCCGCGCUCACGGCGACCUGCACGAGCAGUACAAGCGCAAAACCAUCCUCACCGCCUCACACGCCUUCCCGUACAUCAAGACACGCAUCAACGUGGUUCACAAGGAGGAGAUCAUUCUGGUGCCCAUCGAGGUGGCCAUUGAAGACAUGCAGAAGAAGACACAAGAGCUGGCAUUUGCCACCAACCAGGACCCGUCUGACUCCAAGAUGCUGCAAAUGGUGUUGCAGGGCUGCGUGGGCACCACCGUCAACCAGGGCCCCCUGGAGGUGGCGCAGGUCUUUCUGGCCGACAUUCCCAACGACCCCAAGCUGUUCCGCCACCACAACAAAUUGCGUCUGUGCUUUAAGGACUUUGCUAAAAGGUGUGAGGACGCCCUGAGGAGGAACAAGUCUCUGAUUGGGCCCGACCAGAAGGAGUACCACCGGGAGCUGGAGAGGAACUACACUAAACUUAAAGAAGCGCUCGGCCCUCUCCUCAACCGCAAGAUCCCCCAGCUGUACAAAACUCUGACGACUGCAGCUCAACCAACACAGCGGAACUCCUACAGUCGCUCCAGCCUUCGCAAAGUGGAGUCUUAAAGCUAACCUGACAGGAAGAGGCUCCGCCCCCUCCACUGACACACACGAUAUUUUGCUGCACACACACACACACGUCACCCUCACACCCUAUCAUCAUCACACACACACACACACACACACACUUGUCACUCCUAGCCCCUCCCCCUCUCACCUCCACAAGGUUUAUACUGAAGUUAUCUGCACUGCAAACAUUAUCUUUAGGGAGGCCCUGACACAACUCUGCAUACACAGUACAGGGACUAGAAGACAACUCUGCAUACACAGUACAGGGACUAGAAGACAACUCUGCAUACACAGUACAGGGACUAGAAUAGAAGACAACUCUGCAUACACUGCCCAGGGACUAGAAGACAACUCUGCAUACACAGUACAGGGACUAGAAGACAACUCUGCAUACACAGUACAGGGACUAGAAUAGAAGACAACUCUGCAUACACAGUACAGGGACUAGAAGACAACUCUGCAUACACAGUACAGGGACUAGAAGACAACUCUGCAUACACAGUACAGGGACUAGAAGACAACUCUGCAUACACAGUACAGGGACUAGAAUAGAAGACAACUCUGCAUACACAGUACAGGGACUAGAAGACAACUCUGCAUACACAGUACAGGGACUAGAAUAGAAGACAACUCUGCAUACACUGCCCAGGGACUAGAAGACAACUCUGCAUACACAGUACAGGGACUAGAAGACAACUCUGCAUACACAGUACAGGGACUAGAAGACAACUCUGCAUACACAGUACAGGGACUAGAAUAGAAGACAACUCUGCAUACACUGCCCAGGGACUAGAAGACAACUCUGCAUACACAGUACAGGGACUAGAAGACAACUCUGCAUACACAGUACAGGGACUAGAAUAGAAGACAACUCUGCAUACACAGUACAGGGACUAGAAGACAACUCUGCAUACACAGUACAGGGACUAGAAGACAACUCUGCAUACACAGUACAGGGACUAGAAGACAACUCUGCAUACACAGUACAGGGACUAGAAUAGAAGACAACUCUGCAUACACAGUACAGGGACUAGAAGACAACUCUGCAUACACAGUACAGGGACUAGAAUAGAAGACAACUCUGCAUACACUGCCCAGGGACUAGAAGACAACUCUGCAUACACAGUACAGGGACUAGAAGACAACUCUGCAUACACAGUACAGGGACUAGAAGACAACUCUGCAUACACAGUACAGGGACUAGAAUAGAAGACAACUCUGCAUACUCUACAGGGACUAGAAGACAACUCUGCAUACACAGUACAGGGACUAGAAUAGAAGACAACUCUGCAUACUCUACAGGGACUAGAAGACAACUCUGCAUACUCUACAGCAGGGGUCACCAACGUGGUGCCCGCGGGCACCAGGUAGCCCGUAAGGACCAGAUGAGUAGCCCGCUGGCCUGUUCUAAAAAUAGCUCAAAUAGCAGCACUUACCAGUAAGCUGCCUCUAUUUUUUAAAUUUUAUUUAUUUACUAGCAAGCUGGUCUCGCUUUGCUUGACAUUUUUAAUUCUAACAGAGACAAAACUCAAAUAGAAUUUGAAAAUCCAAGAAAAUAUUUUAAAGACUUGGUCUUCACUAACUGACAAAGAAACAGAUAACAGAUUUUGUGUCCAGUUCAAAGUGGGACAUGAUUUAUUUAAAAAUUUGAGAGUUGACUUCUGUAUUUUACAUGAGUUAUUUGUACAAACAUGGUGCAAAGUAAUUCAUGAUUUGUUAAAAAAUGUUAGUGGCUAGCUAGUUAAAAUGGGAUAUUGUGAUUUCACAAGACUGUCUUAGAAGUGAUCAUUUGAAAAUGUUCAAUUUGAAAAAUGUGCACUUAGAGAAAAUAUAAAAAUAAAGUGUUGCAUAUUGAUAUUUAUCUGUUUCUAUAUAUAUUUAUUGUGAGAAAUCAUUAAGAUGAUCAGUGUUUCCACAAAGAUAAAUAUCAUUAAUUAUUAAUAAUAACAUAGAGUUAAAGGUAAAUUGAGCAAAUUGGCUAUUUCUGGCAAUUUAUUUAAGUGUGUAUCUAACUGGUAGCCCUUCGCAUUAAUCACUACCCAAGAAGUAGCUCUUGGUUUCAAAAAGGUUGGUGACCCCUGCUCUACAGGGACUAGAAGACAACUCUGCAUACACUGCCCAGGGACUAGAAGACAACUCUGCAUACACAGUACAGGGACUAGAAGACAACUCUGCAUACACAGUACAGGGACUAGAAGACAACUCUGCAUACACAGUACAGGGACUAGAAGACAACUCUGCAUACACAGUACAGGGACUAGAAGACAACUGCAUACACAGUACAGGGACUAGAAGACAACUGCAUACACAGUACAGGGACUAGAAGACAACUCUGCAUACACAGUACAGGGACUAGAAGACAACUCUGCAUACACAGU